AUGUCGGAUACUACCAACCCGGAAGAGGUUUUGGAGACUGAAGCGGAAAUGUCUUCGUGGAGCUCAGCUUUCGACUUUUUAGAUGAGCCGGCUCAGACGAACCGACAAAACAAAAAGAAGAAAAAGAAGGAUGGACGGGACCGGCGAGCCCGCAAGAAGCCCUCUAAGAAGGCCGGCAAGAAGCUCGUGAGGAGCUCGGAUUCUGCAGAGAUUGCUGAGUUUAAUCUACAGCAGCAGGCGAGCAGCUCUAAUGAGCCUGCUACGAACAUCGUGCCAAUGGCUGAAUCAGGCAUGCAGACGGCCCCUGAGGAACUCCAGACUUCUGGAGAGUUCACCUUCGUUGCGGUGUGGCGGCCAGGACCUCCCCCACCGCGAAUUGGCAAGACACGUGCUGUUGCGAAGAUGUUAGUUCGCGCGGGCCUACGGCUGGAGCCCGGUUUCAGCUACGUGCUGAGUGUGUGCCGCGGGGAUGUUUCCCUGGCCAAUGGGAGCAGAAACCGUGAUCGCAGACGCGACCGGGAAUCAAGAUCGGUGGGAGCGCGAGCUGCUGCGCCUUUUCCCCCGCCAUUGCCUCAGCUGCCGGGAGCAGCGCCGGGAUACGAAUGGAGGCAAGUACCAGUGGUGCCGGUGCAGCCACCUUUGCCGCCUCCCUCGACACCUGCCCCGAUUGCCCCUGUUGUGCCUGUCCCUCAGCAGCAGACUACUUGGAAUCGCCAGCCCUGGCGCGGAGGAGGCCAGCAGAAGCAGGGCCAAUGGAACAAGCGCUGGAACCAGUGGCGUCGGUCCAGCCAGGGGUCGGGUGAGACUCGAGGGUCGGGCCGUCAGUCGUCUUGGACGGAUCCAGACCACCACAACAUUCAGGAGGCCACUCCUUCUGAAGUGGCAGCGGCCGACGCCCGUCGGGCUGCCAAAGAGGCUGAUCAGGACGAGGCGGACGACGAAACGUCGUACCUCGCAUCUCUGCGGAAGUCGGCGGAGGAUGAAGCGCGCGCAGACCCCACUCGACCAUUGUCAGCUCGGGAACUGGCAGAGCAAGGAAAACUGCAGUGGUGGUGGAAGAUGCCUUGGAAGGCCGUCGUCGAAAAGUUCCCCGACACGGCUGCAUACAAGGAAUUCUUGGAAGGGUUUCUUGCGAUGUCUGGCCACGACCCUAGAGCGAGUGAGAAUGAAGUGUUCAUGCGAAGCAUCACUCAUGCGCGGUCGUCGCUGCCUCGGCAGCCUUGGGAACAGCCGGCUAUGCUGUGCAUCUUCGAUCCAUUGAAGGCGGCUUUCCCUCAGGGCUUGAACUUGCCUUAUCAGGGAGUGGUCCCGGCGUCGUCUGUUCCUCAGACGGCAGCACAGCCUUCAGAUUCCGGGAAUCCGGUGACGAGUGGAUCUCAUUGUCAGGCAUGGACUCGUGCAGUCAAGGCAAAAAGAGGGCCUAGGGCCGCGGAUCGUCGUGACGAGGCGUACCGCCGGGUCCUCACAUUACUUCAUGCCUUUUCGAGUUUCUUUGACCUGUGUACUUUGAUGGCGGAUGACGAGGAGGACGGCCCGGAUUCUGUUCAGGCAGUUUUGGCAGGGAAAUCACCGAACACCAUCUUGAAACAUGUGGGUCCGGUUCGUACUUUUUGCGAGUGGCUUUUGAAAGCAAGUCAGACUCCGGAAAAAGUCUUGUGGUCUUUCAUUCAUUGUGUCCUCAAGAUGCCUAAGACCGCGGCCACCACACUGGACAGUAGUCUGCGUGCUAUCAAGUGGAGUUAUUAUACCUUGGGACUACGCGUUCAACUAGAGGUCUUCAGCAGUCCUCGAAUUCAUGGUGUGGUGAAGAAGGCGCUACAGACUAAAAACCCGUGGUGCCCGGCGUCACCCCUCAAGGUGUCCGAAGUUCUCCAGUUGCGCGCGAUCUGUUGUGAUCGCGAUAUUUCUGUCAUUGAUAGAUGCGGGGCGGCACAUUUCCUUGCUAUGCUCUACGCGAGGGCGCGAGCAUCGGACAUCCGGUGUGUCAAAAGUAUCUUGAUAGACGUGCACAACGAGGACUGGAGUUCGGGCUUCAUUGAACUAGGGACGCUUGAACACAAGACGUCUAGGCUGGACACUCAACGACGCCGCAUACUGCCUCUGGUGAUUCCCGGCCAGGGUAUUGCUAAAACGCCUUUUGGUCAGCUCCUCCUGGACAUUAGGGCUGAGGCUGGCUUGCCGAACGAUCAGGCCGAUGUCCCAUUCUUGCCGGCACCUCUGCCGGAUGGAUCUUGGUCUUCAGACCCGUUGUCUAGCAGCGAGAUCACCAGGUGGCUGAGGUAUCUACUGCCACGUCCCUCGACGGAGCAGGCCGUCAGUUCGCACUCAUUGAAGGUUACUUCACUUGUUUGGUGUAGCAAAUUCGGGAUGCUUCGCGAGACCAAGCGAGUUUUAGGCCAUCACGCGGAUGCAGCGACUGGCAGUGAUGCAGUUUAUGGGCGUGAGUUGCAGAGCGCAGCACUACGUGAGUACGUUGUCGUGCUGGAUGCAGUGGCGACGGGUAAGAAGUUCCUGCCGGACCAGACUCGUUCGGGUCAUUUCUCAUCAGGUUGGACUCGGGAGUCCAUCCUGCAGGCGGCUGCUUUUCCACAGGACUCGGAAGUCCUGCAGGCGGCGGUGGAAGAUGACCAAGAUGAGGCUUUGGCUGUGGUUUCUGAUGUUUCAGACUCUGAUGAAGAAGCCCCGGAGGAACAAUCUUUCUGGGCUCAUCCGACUAGCCAGGUCCUGCAUCGCACGACUUUGGGGUCGGCAAUGUUUUUGUGUGUGGCCGAGCUUUUGGCGAUCAUUAUCGGCGCAUUCCUAUGGCUCGGGCGCAAGCGCACCCGCAAUGUGCCAAGUGUUUCCCACGGAGCGCAGUUUGAUUUCUUAGCCUGCUCGAAAAGCCAACAGCUGUACUUAGCCAUGACGAGUUCCGUAGAUUCGGCGCCUUUCUUUGUGCAGCGCGCGGAUGAAAUCUCGCUUGCCAAGCGAGUAGUGGAUGCCUUGAAAGGUAAAGGGGUCACCACUUUGGCCCAGCUGGCCUUUUGUGUCGGACAACCGGGACAGGUGCUAUCUCAGACUGAGUUUGACACGUGGAGCGAGGCCAUGUUGGUAGGCAUCACGGUGGGCGAGAAGGUGGGGGUAGCCGAGCGGAAUGCUCGCAUGGAUCAGCUUCGGACUCAGCUCGCCGGAGUUUCGCUCACUGGACAGCUUGAGCCGAGUCAUGCAUUACUUGACAUGGCCGUUCAGCAGUGGGAGAGUCGCUGCCUGAAGUACAUUGGUCCGGAGAAGUGUCAUAGCCGCGAGGAUGAGGUUCAGAACGUUAAGCCUUUGACCACCAGUCUUUCCUUGGAAGGCGGUAAGCUGAAGGUUACGGAGGCUGCUGGUAUGGAUGAUCGUGACAUUGAGGGCUCUUUGCAGGUCCUUAAUGCCCUGCGCCGCAGAGGAGUGGCUUACGCAUUUGCUCGCUUGAUCAGUUGGGAAAGACAUGAAGCUUAUGUUUCUUCCUUGUUCAGGUAUUUGACCAAGCCCGCUCAGCCUGGAAUCAGGAAGGUGUCUCUUCGUCAGAUCUUGCGGGCUGACAAGCUUGCCUUCUCCAAGUUGUCGGAGGCAGGUGAGGAUAUCCGGGCAGAUGCUUCAGGCACUCUCCCGCUUGAUGCCGCGAUCGGGGCUAUCCUUCACGAUUAUGACCUAAUUGUAGCUCUUCUGCCUAUGGGUGAUUUGGAUGGUAAGGGCAAGAAUGCUAAUGGCCGUGGCGGGCGCCCGGGUCCUUACAGCGAAAAUGCGCCCUGGAAGGGGAAGAAUGGCAAAGGUAAAGGCGGUUGGAACUCCAAGGGCUCUGAUAGUUGGACAGGGAAAGGCAAAAACACCUGGCAGGCCAAGGGCAAGUCGCCCAAGGGCAAAGGCUCUGGAGCCGGUAAACCGGAAUGGUUGCCUGAGGGACUUCGCUUCCAGGGAGCAUCUGCAUGGAAUAACAAAGGCAACAAGGUUUGUUACGGUUUCAACCUCGGGACAUGUUCGGAUGCGAACUGCCAGAAGGCGGCUCCGUCGCCUUGCACCGCCGCCUUGGCGUCGGACGUGGAGAUGACACCUUCGGAAGAACCCGUUUCCGGUGCCGUCUCUGUAGCUGAUGUCACGGCAUCGACCUCACCGCCUGUUGGAGUGGGAGUGGACCCUGCUUCAGAGAUGGUAGAUGUCGACGAUUCUCCGAUUUUUGUAGAACCUACAGUUUUGGAUCCCCCUUCGAUGCCGAGCGCUUCGUCUGAGCCUUUUGCCUUGGAGCGCACAGAGAGCGAGGGGGCGCUCCCCUCACCUCCCGUGGCAUCGGAGGACUUUUCUCCGGCACCGCCUACUCAGGAGCCGGCCAGAGCCGUUUUGCAGUGCUUUGCAGGUCAAACUCGUGUGGCUUCGGCCUUGAUUAAGCAGGGCUAUUUUUCCUAUGGAGUGGAUCGAUUCAAGCAGAAGGCGGCCAUGGCCCCAGUGCUUCAGAUGGACUUGUCGACGCGGGAGGCUGAUGGCAGGGUGCUUGAGCAACAACCUGCCCAUGGUUCUGAGGGUUCGGUGUCUUCCCCCUUUUGGGAGAGUUUCAAUCGUUUACCAUCAGCACAGCACCCUCCGCAUAGGGUGGAGGUGGAUUGGCAGCUUUGGGACUCACAUAGCAAGCAGCGCAGCCUCGUGCGGUCUAAUUUGCCCGAAAUCCUCACUGUGCGCAGGGAGGCGGCACCUAUGGGACGUAAGGUGCAGCAGCGAUCGGAGGCGCAGACAGGUUAUCCGCCGGCUUUUGCCACGGCGAUAGCUGAGGUGUUCAUUGCAGGCCUGACUCAGCGACAGCUGCCAUGCCGCAGCCCGGCCUUAACCAACAAAUCGCUGCGAGUUUCGGCUAUGAAUCAGCCACGUGGGGCGAUGCCGGAAGUGGUGUCUGAGUGGAAGCUGGUGGUUUAUGUCCUUCUGCCACCGCAGGUUGAGGACCCGUUUGGCGGGUCGAAACGCCUCAAACAGGACUGGCGAGUCCCGCACGGCGCCCGCGUGUUGCCGGAGCUCAAGCUGCUCCCGCAGGAUUCCCAGCUUCUGUCGCGUACUCAGUCAGGGGGGCAAUUGAGCCCGCAACUUCAGCAGGAAAUGCAAAACUUGAAUGGAGCCUCAGUUUUGCGAGUGGGCAUCCCAUGGGAUCCCAUUGAAUUCAUUGCUAAAGCAGGUAAGAUUGGACACCCAUACCACAAGUUAUCCAAGUGCAACAAGGAUCUCAGAGAUCUCGUUCAUGACUUAGUACACAAACCGGGACCGGUUCGUUCUCAGAGGAAGAAUUACAUCGAGAAGUGGGCCAGAAGAGCCAAAGAGUUGGAGCCAGAGGAAACCAAGCUGAAAGCUGGCAUGUCGGAUCACCGGAGGAAGAUCCUUCAACCCAAACGUAUCUUGCUAUUUGAAGAGAUGCUGCGAGACAUUGGGUAUGACGAUAUGGGUGUGGUUCAGGAGCUCAUCGACGGAGCCACGCUGACGGGGGACAUUCCUAUCACUGGGGUGCUGGAUACCAAGCUCAAGCCUGCUAGGUUGGAUACUGAACAACUUAUAGGGAUGUCUGAUGAAAUCAGACAGCAGAUCCGGGUGAAGACUGGGUCGUCGGGUGAUAAGGAAAUCGACCAGCUGUUGUGGGAUAAGACGAUGGAAGAGGUACAGAGUGGAUACCUCUCAGGACCUUACGAUUUCGAGUCAUUGCCGAAAAGAUGUUUGGUCAGCUCCCGUUUUCCGUUGCUACAAGGGGAGAAGCUGCGACCAAUUGACAACUACUCAUCGAGUUUGAUUAACGAAGCCUCUCGGCCCGAGUUUUGUUUUGCUGCCCGCAGGUAG